UGGCAGUGGGACAAUCUGCAGGACUCACUACACGGAGAACAGAGGCUGCGUGACAGUUUGACACGGAACGGGACCAAUAACAGCUGCAACAUGGUGGAUGCUUUCUGCGCGACGUGGAAACUGGUGGACAGCGUGAACUUUGAUGAUUACAUGAAAGCACUGGGUGUUGGUUUUGCCACAAGACAAGUGGGUAAUGUGACCAAACCCACAGUUAUAAUCAGCCAGGAUGGAGACAAGGUGGUGGUGAAGACCCAGAGCACCUUCAGGAACACUGAGCUCUCAGCCAAACUGGGAGAAGAGUUUGAUGAGACCACUCCUGAUGACCGCCACGUCAAAUCCACUUUCACCAUGGAUGGAGACAAAUUUGUCCAGACGCAGAAGUGGGACGGAAAAGAGACCAAAUUUGUCCGAGAAAUCAAGGAUGGGAAGAUGGUGAUGACUUUGACCUUUGAGGGCGUCCAGGCGGUCCGUACGUACGAGAAAGCCUAAAGACCCAGAAACCAUCCCAGCACUGCAAACAAUUACUAAACCAGCAUCCCUAACUAUUUUGUAUCGGUCGUUUUUACAAUAUGCAGUGAUUUAUACUUGAGAUAAAUAUUUUGGGAAUUCUUUUCUAAGAUCUUUUGUAAGAAAUUCCAACGUGGUGUUGGAGGCUAAACUGUUUCAUUCUUUGUAUCGCUUGUGAUAAACGAAACAAUAAAGGAUGUGUCUAAAGCUCAA